AAGCAAGCGGAGAAAACCAGACGCUGCGUUCAAGCCGGGUCAAGCCUAAACAGGUCCAUGACUAACAUGUUACCUGUGGUGGUGGUCCAUGGAGGAGCGGGUCAUAUCCCCAAGGCGCGGUCAGAAAACUCCACAUCGGGGGUGUGUGCAGCAGUCCGAGCGGGGUACCUUGUUCUCAAGAGAGGGGGCAGCAGCAUGGACGCUGUGGUGGAGGCUGUGACGCUGAUGGAGAAUAAUCCCUCCUUUAAUGCAGGCUGUGGGUCAGUGUUGAACAUGAAAGGGGAGGUGGAGAUGGAUGCUUUUGUGAUGGACGGGAAAACACUAGCAACUGGUGCGGUGUCAGCUGUACGCAACAUAGCCAACCCAACACAGCUAGCACGAAUGGUUAUGGACAAGACGAGUCAUGCAUGUCUGACAGCAGAGGGUGCCAAUCAGUUCGCCCGGUCCAUGGGUGUCCCUGAGGUGCCAAUGGAGUCCCUCAUCACUGAGUACUCCCGCAUGCGCUGGAGGAAGAACCUUGCUCCUGAUGCCAACCCUGUGGAGUGCCAAAUGGGGAAAAUGGGCACAGUUGGAGCUGUUGCAGUCGAUAGUGAGGGAGUUGUGGCCUGUGCGACCUCCACUGGUGGGAUCCUGAACAAGAUGGAGGGACGGGUGGGGGACACACCCUGCAUAGGGUGUGGAGGUUAUGCUGACAACAACUCAGGAGCGGUGUCGACUACAGGCCACGGAGAAGCCAUCAUGAAGGUUGUGUUAGCCCGACUCAUCCUGUUCCACAUGGAGCAAGGUCAGUCAGCAGAGGCAGCCAGUGACACAGCCCUGGCCUACAUGAAAUCCAGGGUGGGGGGUCUGGGUGGAGUGGUGACAGUGGACCCUCAGGGUAACUGGGCCGCUUGUUUCUCCAGCUUGCAGAUGGCGUGGGCCGCAGCACAGAAAGACACGCUGCACUACGGCCUGUACAAAGGAGAACACUUCACACAGAGCAUAGAUGACUGACAGAAAACACAACAGUGAUCAUUUUUGAUUUGCGAUAAUGGGACAAAAAUCUACUAAAAUCAAGAAAUACUAACAAUUUUUUAUACAACCUACCACCAUUUUGUGAUAGAUAGUAGUAUUGAUUAAAUUUACUGACUACAAGGUCCAGGAGAUCAGCUGUCAGUGUCAGCAAAUACAGUUGUUGGGACACACAAUCUGUUUGUAUUGAUUGUGUGAUAAAAACAUACCUAAUGAGAUCGUUUUUAGCAUGCAGACAGACGCUAACAGUACCACAGAGACCUCAUGCUCAUGUUGCAGCAGCAGGAUUCUUGAGGACCUCUGAAACCCUCAGAGUAAGGUUGUCAUUUCACUCUCUGGAUGUUAUUGAAUCAUGAAGUAGAUAUCAGUCACUAAACAACUUGCAUGUUGUCUGACAAAACUGUUGUUAGAUAGUUUUGAUCAAAAUAUAAUCAAAAAAACUCAUCAGUUAUUGUUUGAACUGGAAAUCUCAAAUCAAAGAGGCCAUAAACAGAGAUACAGCAUCCAACACAUCUCUGCUCCUAAGAUGAGACUUUAAAUCUAAAGAUAAUCUUAAAUAUUGAGUGAUUACACACUAUCUACUCGUAUCUACAGGUUGUUUGCAGAUGACAUCCAACACAGUAAAGGACUCCUGUUUGGGCGAUGGAAGUGAUUUCUGCAUAGAGUAACGCUGUCAAAAUCCAAACGUUUUUCGCUGUUUACUGCUUUCCCAAAAACCUGCAAAAUAGCAAUAUUUAGCUUCUUUUGAGUCCUUUAAGUAGUGACACAUUCAGGCAAAAAAGCUCACUGAGAAAAGGCAGCAGACACGGAUUAAAAGCCUCUGUCUAAAGCCUGGUUGAGCAGAGUCAGAAAGCACUGGUGUAUGGUCAAGUUUGUUUUCUAUAGCCAGUGUCUGCCCUGCCUUGCUUGUUGCGAUGGCAAAACUUGCUUAUAGAGAUCUGGAUCACUUGGCUCUGAGCUGGUUGACUGACUCCCAAACAGCUCCUCAUUUGGUACCAUUUUGGCUUUUUAAAUGUGUAUUACAUGAAAAAAAAAAAUGAAGAAAGGAAAUUGGCUCGUUCGUGAACAGCACAUCAUUGUUCGGUCACUUAUCUUAACAGUGGGGCUGUCAAAAGAUUCUAUUUUUGAACUGAUUAAUCUCAGGGUUUGUGUAGUAAUUUUGAUUUAUUGCAUCUUUUUAUCGCAUAUUAAAAUUUCACUAUUUUGUGCAGUUUCAAAAUGUUAUUUUUGUGUCAUUUUUGAUUUUUCUACAGUCUUUGAUAAAGGUUAACUGACUUGAAAGGGACAAUAAAAACAUUAGAUUAAUCAUACUAAAAAACAGAGCAAUUAAUGCAAUUAAUCUUGAUAACCCUACUUACAGGCCUUAUAUGAUUUAAAAGUACAUCAGAGUUCCAAUUAAAGUGUGUUUAUGACAAAAUGAUGUAGAACAGACGUUGAAGAGGCACAACUAACCUCUUAGCUCAGUUCAGGACUCCUCAAGAUUCUUGUAUCCUUUCAGGUGUCUCAGCCUUUUGUAAGAGGCAUACAGAACUGAGCCUCACUUCCUGACCCCAUCUGACAUUUGUGCAUCAUCAGCAUAUCAUGAUUGCAAACAACCUAACUCAGGGUUCUCCAAAUGAUGGCCUGCAGCUGGUUCUCAUUUUUAAUUGACCUUCUACAAAUUCUUAAAAUUAAAGAACUAUAAUUUUUUGUCUCCACACUCAGCAGUGCCGCUGUGUUCAUAGUUUUGACAAGUAAUGCAAUUUUUCAUGCCUUUAUUGAUACAACAUGAAUGGCUAACAUAUUGACAGCUAAAAUAUCCUGACUCAUUUUGCAUUAAUCAUAAAAACAUAAGGAUUAUGGCAGCAACUAGCAGCACAAAUCACGCUUAUUUGCUCCGCCAUCUGUAAUGUCUUAAAGUCCAGUUUAUAAAGCAAGAAGCAACACUCCUGGAUGGUGGCGCACGCCACCAUCCGCACUACUACUUAACUCAACUUUAUAUGUUGAUAUGUUUAUAGCAGUUUUCAUACAUAAAAGCAUGCAGCCCAAAGUGCUUCACAAAGAACAGACAGAAAAUCAUAUAGACAUUGACAACACUAGAUAAGAUCUUAAAAGUCUAAGGUGAGGAACGAGUAAUAAAAUAAUUAAGAAAUAUUACAAAAUUAAGAAAAUUGAAAUAAAGAAAUUAAAUGAGAUGGCAUAAAAAUAAAAGAGAAUGUUUACAAAGGAUAAGACAUUAAAAUAAUCAGGGAUGUGUAUGUUUUGUUGCUCUGAUUGGCCCAUAAUGAAUGUGUCUGACAGCAACUAGUAGACUUGAGUUGAAUAAGGGGAAAUAAUUUAGACUAAGAGAUGGCAGUGAAGUUUGGUCACAGUGCUGAAGUUUGACUACUGUUUUACCACCCAAGUUGGUCCAUAACCACAGCACAUGAAGGAUGAAACACCUAAAAACACUAGGACGCAUCUGCUUUUGGUUGCUACCUCAUGAAUGUUGAUUGAGUGAUGGGUGGAUGUGGCCCCACUGGUUUGCACAUAAGACAUGAAAUGACAUGUUUACAGGAAGGGAGCAUGAUAACAUUUCAAUACAAUUAUACAGAGAAAUUAAUCAUUGUAAAUUGUGGAGUUCUCCACAAUUCUUCACUUGCUAUCUUUCUACCUAAUUUCCCACCAAUGUACCAAGAAAUAGAUGGAGGCAUGAAAGCUGUAACCCAAAGUAACUGAAUCUCCCUUCUCACAGAUAAUUGUUAGUUGGAUUUUUAUUUUUCAUUACAACAGUUAAAAAAAGUUUUAGCACACUUUUUAAAGUCAUUGGUCCCAUGAUAAAUGAGCCUUGCAACAUUAGAUUGAAAGAGUGGCAAUAUUUAGAUUACAUAGUAAAUUUAUAUUUUGCAUGUCUUAAACACAGCCAUGACUGUUAAAUCAAAACCAAUCAAAUAAAAUUGUGUUGUGUUAUCACUUUUAAAUAACCUUUUAACAGAUAAAUAAUGUUUCUUAUCUCGUUAUAUUUUUGUAAUGUGUGAAAACAUGCAAUUUUACUUGGAUAUUCAAAUGUACGGGUUUUUGAAAGGAACUGGUUGAUUUUAUUGCUAUACUGUCUUUGUACUGUAAAAGUAAACACUUCCAUCAAUGCUGGAGUAAAAACUGUGAAAUAAUGUUGAUCAGAGAUGACUGUAAUGCUGAAAUUUUAUGUCUUGAAACCACUGAUUAUUCAC